CUAUCAUAGAACAAGGUCGUAUAGAAAGAGGUUUAGUCUAUUAUAAAUUUUUAUGUGGUACGCCAGUGUAUUCAUUUCAAAGUGAUUAGUGUUGCUAAUUAUCAAUACAGGAAUCAGUUUUGCUGAAUUGAAAUAGAAACUCCUUCGGAAACCUCUAUUACUUUUAGAAUGGCGCCUCAGAAGAGAGUCAAUGAUGCCGUCCACUAUUACAUGGGUGAUUUGAGUAGCCGCAUUGUUGCGAAGUCUGGUUACCCUACCGACCGAUAUCAUUUAGGCAAACUGGUUCUCCAAGGUCUAAAGGAUGAUCCCGAUUUUCUUUUACAGAUCGAUGGCUCAACAGGCGAAUCAGAAACGUCCGGAUCAGUUUUGGAAAGAUCAGUACGUUUCGCAAUGAGUCUGCGAAAACUGGGAAUCAAGCGUGGAGAAGUUAUGGUGCUACUGGCUCCCAACCAUUUGGAUAUUACCAUUGCUUUGUAUGCUGCACUAUAUCUUGGCAUCGUUGUGAAUGCCAUAGCACCUGAUACACCAGCUGCUGAUAUACAACCACUUUUGGCCAUUUCGAAGCCUUCAGUGAUCAUGUGCCAGAGUGAUGCUGCGUCAAAGGCGCAACUUGCUACAAUGAACUUGAAUCUGAAUCCCCACAUCAUAACUUUCGACAAAGGAGAUUUCUGCAAUUACAUUGAUUUCAUGGAAAUGUACAAGGAUGACACACCAAUCGAAGAUUUCAACUUCUUUGAACAUCAGAAUAGUAUUGCUGUCAGUAUGUUGGUCAGUGAAGCUAGAUGCCUUCUUAUGAAGACCGACAACGCAGUUGUGAGUUAUCUGGUGUUGCUAGUGUACAUGGGCGACAUCAGGUGUGCCGAUUUCGAUCCAGAACAAACAGUGGCGUUCGUCGUUAACACGAGCGGAACCACGGGUCUACCUAAAGCUAUAGCGCAUUCUCAUAAAUAUUUUGCUAUACUUUUGCCACAUAUUUGGAGUAAAUACACGAAAUUCCCGACACCAACUAAGCUGGCUUUGAUUGGAUCUCCUUUGCAAUGGUCCACCGCCAUAACAAGCUUCAUCAGAUCAGCAAUACUCCGGUACACUCGGCUGCAGAGCUCACAAAAACUCUCCCCAGAACUCAUGAGCGACCUCAUCAAUAAAUACAAGCCAACGUACUCGCUAUUCUCUCCAACUUUGAUGACAUCACUGUUGAACCUAAAUAAAACCGAUUUCACCUGCUUUGAAGAAAUUGUGUUAUGCGGUCUCCCUGUAUCGCAAAGCCUCAUUAAGGAAGUCAAGACUUUGACGCCAAACACAGAAGUGAUAAAUAUGUUUGGAAUGAGUGAACUGGCCGGCCUCGGGUUCCUCGGAGACAAUCCAGCGCCAGGAUCGUGCGGAAAACAAAUGGGAUGCUUCCAAUAUCGGCUAAUAGACGUCGAUACACAGCAAGAUAUAAACGAACCCAAUGUCGCAGGCGAGUUGUGGAUCAAAGGGCCGGCUCCUUUCCUAGGCUGUUUCAACGACGUCGAAUGCACUAAAGAGCUUUUAACCCACGAUGGAUGGUUGAAAACUGGAGACGUAUUCUAUUAUGAUGACAACUGGAACUACUAUUUUGUGGAAAGAAUUAAAUUGCAAAUCAAGUGCUGCUAUUUCAGGAUGUCGCCACUAGAAAUAGAAGGAGUCAUUCGCAGACAUCCUGGAGUGAUGGAUGUAGCAGUAACGAGUAUACCACACAGCGAGUGGGGGGACCUGCCUGUCGCCUGCGUUGUGCCAAAACCCGGCGCUAAACCUAGUGCUGAAGAAAUCAAGAAUUUAGUCAAAGAUACCCUACAAGAUGCAAAGACAUUGCGAGGAGGCGUCAUCUUCAUGGAUUCAAUGCCUAUGACAUCAACAACUAAAGUUCACAGAAGAUUAUUAAGACAACUAGCCCUAGAAUUGCCAAGGGCAUAACAUUAUGUCCUAAAAUUAGUCUUUAAUAUUAAUUAACCUUUAUCACUUGAAAUGCACAGAACACUACCCGUAUCAGUCCAUAUUUUUGAAGUCAGUUAAGCUUUUUUGUACUUAUGCAGGUAAAAUUAGAUAUCUAGCAGUAACAGUUUUGUGAAUUUGGAUCUCAAUCUUUCUCCCCUCUCUCAUCCAUAAUCUCCAAUCCUCAAAUCCUCUAACAUACUAUAAAAGGCCCUCCUCUGAAGUUACGGGUGUCUAUAGGCGGCGCAGAUUUGCUUACCACCAAGUGAUCCGUCUGCUCGUUUGCCGACCUAUUCAAUAAGCAAGACUACUCAGGCGAC